AUGGGGGGCCCGACGGAAGAUACAGCGCAGGAAGAAACCAGAGGGUCGGGGGAAACACAGACGGAACUUUCUCUCCCGGAUGGACUCGUGCUGCGUGACUUAAACGAGGGCGACUAUAGCAAAGGAUACAUGGAGCUCCUCUCACAACUAACAACUACUGGUACAGUAACGGAGGAGCAAUUCAAAGACCGGUUCGCCCUGCUGUCUCAGCGCUCCUUGGACUAUCGGAUCGUGGUGGUUGAAGACACAGUGAGCAACAGAGUGGUGGGCACAGGAACUCUGCUAAUAGAGUUCAAGUUCCUUCGUUCAUGCGGCAAGGUGGGGCACAUAGAGGACAUAGUGGUGCACAGCAGCAUGCGGGGCAAGCACCUGGGGCACAGAAUCAUCCAAACGCUCACCGAUAUCGCCAAGAAACAAGGUUGCUACAAGGUCAUUUUAGAUUGUGAUGAGAAAAAUGUAGACUUCUACAAGAAAUGUGGCUACAGUGUUAAGAAUGUAGGAAUGGCGCUGUACUUUUGA